GGGACCUGGGGCGGAGAGCGGUUCGCGCGCUUCGGGCCUAGUCGGGACUCGCCGCUGCCGCCGCCAUAUUCCCGUGGCAUCUUUCUUACUUUGUCCAUUCUCCGGGCUCGAGAUCUCAUUUCCGGAGCCAUGUCAGAAGGAGUGGACUUGAUUGAUAUAUACGCUGAUGAAGAGUUCAAUCAGGACUCGGAGUUCAACAAUACAGACCAGAUUGACUUAUAUGAUGAUGUGCUGACAGCAACCUCCCAGCCCUCAGAUGACAGAAGCAGCAGCACUGAACCACCACCACCUGUUCGCCAGGAACCAUCUCCCAAGCCAAACAACAAGACCCCUGCAAUUCUGUAUACCUACAGUGGCCUACGGAAUAGACGAGCAGCCGUCUAUGUAGGCAGCUUCUCCUGGUGGACCACAGACCAGCAGCUGAUCCAGGUUAUUCGCUCUAUAGGAGUCUAUGAUGUGGUGGAAUUGAAAUUUGCAGAGAAUCGAGCAAAUGGCCAGUCCAAAGGGUAUGCUGAGGUGGUGGUAGCCUCUGAAAACUCUGUCCACAAAUUGUUGGAACUCUUGCCAGGAAAAGUUCUUAAUGGAGAAAAAGUGGACGUGAGGCCGGCCACUCGGCAGAACCUAUCACAGUUUGAGGCCCAGGCUCGGAAACGUGAGUGCGUCCGAGUCCCAAGAGGGGGAAUACCUCCACGGGCCCACUCUCGAGAUUCUAGUGAUUCUGCUGAUGGGCGGGCCACCCCUUCUGAGAACCUUGUACCUUCAUCUGCUCGUGUGGAUAAGCCUCCCAGUGUGCUUCCCUACUUCAAUCGCCCUCCUUCAGCCCUUCCUCUGAUGGGUCUUCCUCCACCCCCAAUUCCACCCCCACCACCUCUGUCCUCAAGCUUUGGGGUCCCUCCUCCUCCUCCUGGCAUCCACUACCAGCAUCUCAUGCCCCCUCCUCCUCGAUUACCUCCUCAUCUGGCUGUACCUCCCCCUGGGGCCAUCCCACCUGCCCUUCACCUGAAUCCAGCCUUCUUCCCCCCACCAAAUGCUACAGUGGGGCCUCCACCAGAUAGUUACAUGAAGGCCUCUGCACCCUAUAACCACCAUGGCAGCCGAGAUUCGGGCCCUCCACCUUCUACAGUGAGUGAAGCUGAAUUUGAAGAGAUAAUGAAGAGAAACAGAGCGAUUUCCAGCAGUGCCAUUUCCAAAGCAGUAUCUGGAGCCAGUGCAGGGGAUUAUAGUGAUGCAAUUGAGACACUGCUCACAGCCAUUGCGGUUAUCAAACAGUCACGUGUUGCCAAUGACGAGCGUUGCCGUGUCCUCAUCUCCUCUCUUAAGGACUGUCUUCAUGGCAUUGAGGCCAAGUCCUAUAGUGUGGGUGCCAGUGGAAGCUCUUCCAGGAAAAGACAUAGGUCCAGGGAGAGAUCACCCAGCCGGUCUCGAGAGAGCAGCAGGCGGCAUCGGGAUCUACUUCAUAAUGAAGAUCGGCAUGAUGAUUAUUUCCAAGAAAGGAACCGGGAGCAUGAGAGGCACCGGGAUAGAGAACGGGACCGGCACCACUGAGAAAGGAGUCUGGGUGGAAGCAAAAGUUUUUUAAUGGACUUGCAUCUCCUCACCUUGAUCAGGACUAAAGGACGGAGGCCGCUCCACCCCUCCCCCUCCUCCAAACCCCUAACUUCCUCCAGACACCCAGGCAAUACCCUCUGUCCUACAGGACUGAAGAUGGCUUGGCAGCCCUCCUAAUCCCACACCUCCUGUUUGCCAGAGGGAAAGAACCUAAAGACUUGAUAGGGUGGGGGCAGGCAGAAAGAAAGCAACAUGUCCAGUCCCCUGGUCUCCAUAGAGAAUGGUGCUUUGUCCAAGGAAACAUGAGUUUCUGAUUCUCCAGGAGCAGUGCAGCCAUGGGGUUAAUGGGAAGACUCCCUUCCCAAAGAAGGGAUCUAGGAGAGUGACUGGGUGUGCCAAAAUAUGCCCAGGGUCCUGCCCUCAGCACUAUUUCUGUUGGAGCCAAAAGGGUCCAAAAACUCUGCUAACAUACCACUUUAACUCCUUUACCUUCCCAGUCAUUUGAGGAGGGACCACAAGAACAGAAACUACCUUGUGAAAAGCUACUGUUCUUGGUUUUCUCCUCUUGUGUAUUGACGGUUUAUUUCCCUGACCUGCCCAGAGGGCUGAACCCUUUUGACUCUGCUGCCUGAUUUUCUCUGUGGACUUGCCCCUCUGAAGCAGAGAAGCUGAGGUUACUUGUGCUGGAAGCCAGGCUGGGCCACUUAUCACCACCUGCUGCUUCAUGCUUGGUUGUCUUAGGUGUUCCAUUUCUCUGGGGCAUUUCCAUUUAACACAUGGAGACCUGCCCCCCAAGAAGGCUGCUUCCUUGUUUUAGAGGAAGGUACUGCCUUUGGGAGGAUAGGGAUGUCACAGGACCUAAGCAAUGCAGACCCAUAGCUAGGUACCAGGAGGAGUGGGGAAGGAGGCAACUUGAUGAACAGGAUAUGACUGUGGAAUAACCAGUGACCAGGCACUAGUCAUCAUCAGGUAAAGUCACAAAGUUGGUGUCUUUACACAUUUUAACUAUUGAUUUAAUAGUCCCUUGCUCUGCCUGGUGGUGCUUCCUGUCUUUGACAAGGAACAAGGAAGAAAUGGAACCUGACUUGAGUGACUCAGCUCAGAGUUCUAAGGACCAGCACUCGCUUAUUUCUACACAGGCAAAUGGAAUUGUUUUUCUCAUCCAAAUUGUGCUAUGGAUGUUGCCGAAGGAGGCAGCAGCAGAGUCCUGGAGUACCCAUGGGGUGAUGUUACUUCUGCAUGCAUCUACAGGGCCUGUGACAUCUGACAUGAGAAGAGAUUGGGCAUGUGAGAUGAGACUGGGUGUGUGAGACAUAGGGUCAUUGAAGACCCCUCUAGCUCAGAGGGGACAGAUUGAAUUAACCCUUCCUCUGUUCCUAGCACGUUUCUAAUAUACCCCUCUCAUCUCUGAGGGAGUCCCCCCCCCCCCCCCGGGUUGGAGAGGCACAGUCCCUUGGAACACAGGCUGUAUAGGUUGCGGCUUUUUUUUCCGUCCCCAACCUAGUCCCCACUUCCACCUCAGAAGAUGGCACCCUGCCCAACCAGCCAAGUGUUAAGUGAUGUGCUUAUUCUUGAGAGCAGCUCCGGGUGUCUUUUAAAAUGUAGAGAGAACCAAGUAAGGUAACAGUAUAGAAUAUCAGAAAAGCUGUUUACCCGGAGAAUUAUUUUCUCCCCAUUUUUGUUUUGUUUUUACUCGACGACAAAAUUUUUAGUUUUAUUUCCUGAUAGAAAAAGGGGAAAAAAUAUUACCCAACCCUCAAAAGGCCAGGGCCCCGUCCCCCUGUUGUCGGUGAUUUGUUUGUCUUUCUGAUAGGUUGAAAAUUGUGUAAUAAACUUGAUGACGCUGUCAAUCUUUUAUACUGCAUUGUAUUUUUUUCCUUUUGUAACAAAAUAUUUUUAAAUAAUAAAUGGGGUGUGAGCUGUUUUAUGGA